GUGGUGGUGGUGAUGGAUUCAGCCGGCGCUUUCCAAGUCGAGGUCAGCUGAAGACGAUGCCACAGAGCUAAAUCUGGAUUAGUCGUCCCAACGAGUUUCAAUGCUCCUCCACGUUCUAAGAUGAAGCUAUGGAAAGGUGCUGCUUUUGCCUUCAUGCUCUGUGGUGCAGCCCUGUCCAUCUUCCUCACUAGAACUAUGCCUUCCACUGGACAAUUUGAACCCAGGAUAGAAUACCCCCAGUCACCCUCGUCGUCAUCUUCAAUGUCAUUAUCAAAAUCACCACUGCCAACAAUGGCGAUUCCAUUAUCAUCACCUCUGUCGUCAUCAUCUUCAUCAUUAUCAGCAUCAGAAUCAGCAUUAUUAUCAUCACCAUUGUCAUCCUCGUCCAUGAUGGGUGGUCUUCACAGAGCAGCCAGAGCGACAGAUAGCAUCAGCUCGCUCCUCUCAGAAUUCUCCAAGCUGCUGCAGAGCUUCACAGAGGGGGAGAUGCAGCAGGUGAUAGGGACCCUGGUGGACAGGAAGGUCCGCCGGGACAGCCAAGAGGACAGCUGGGAGGACAGCUGGGAGGACAGCCAGGAGGACAGCCAGGAGGACAGCCAGGCCAGAAGGACUAAGAGGGCUAAGAGGAGGCUAAAGCCCUGCUCCCUGCAUCAGCUGGAGCUGACCGUCAGUGAGCUAGGCCUGGGCUAUCACAGUGAUGAGACUCUGCUAUUCCGGUACUGCAGCGGCAAGUGUACAGCACGUAGGCGCAACUACGACAUCACUUUGGAACACAUGAGGAGGACUGGGCUCAUCGGAAAGAGAGACAAGGUCCAAUACAAUACUUGCUGUCGGCCUGUCACAUAUGAGAAGGAUAUCUCUUUCCUGGACAACAGCAGUAGAUAUCACACAAUUCAGGAAGUGUCAGCACAGGAGUGUGGUUGUGUAUGACCUCCUGGUUGAUCUAUGAUGUAUUACGCUGCUUGAUGGUGUUGAAGAUGACUAUCCUAAAUAGACCAACCUUCUUCACUGACAUGUGAUACUGGAUUUUGUGAAAGAAGAGGCUCAAGGAUUUGUGUCCAUGGCAGAACUGUUGCUCUUGGUACUACAGACUUGGUGUCCCCAGAUCCUGCCAUAUGGAACAGUUUCAUACCCAAACACCAGGACACUUAAAAUGCGCGGUUAGGGUUUAACAUUACGAUGAGAUGUAAAUUGGUAAGAUUUAAGAGAAAGUUUCUCUUUAGCUUUUGAAUAACACUGUAAUUAGUUGAGAAAUAUGCCAUUGUAAAAUGUUGGAAAUGUUACUUUAAUAUUUUCUUUGUAUUUGAAUGUCAAUUUUUAAAACAACAAAGAAUUUAAACUGAAAUAAUUACAGUGUUACUAUGUAGGUAUAACAGUAAAAUUAUUUAGCAGUUGAUCAACUCCAACAAAUCUCCCUCACAAGGGUAUAUCCAUCAACAGAAAAGAAAAAAAACGAAAGUUUAAAUUUCUCUUGUACAAUCUUAUAUAAAUAGCUAUUCAUAGAAACUAUUCAUCAAAGUCAUGUUCAGUUAAACACAAUUCCCAUUUUUCUAUUUCCAUUGAAGCCUUGCAUCAACUGAGACCUUGUUAAAAAAGAUUAACCCAUAAUUCCAUAAUAUAUCAUAUAAUCUUAAAGCAUUGCCAAAACGAGGGUUAGGGUAGACAUUGUGUUUGAGGGUUUGAGCUUUAGCAUACCUGAUAGCUUUAGACUUGGCUGUCUCCUCAAAAUAAUACCUGAUGGAUACUGAAAAUGUACCGAAAAGAGCACUCAAAUGAUCACAAAUUGUGAACCAAAACUACUGUGGCAUUAUGAAAGGUGAAGAUAUUGAACAACUGGGAAAAAAAUGUUUUUGAAUUUGUGGUAAAUAUUUGGGGACAUUCUUUUAAUCAGUAUGUUGCUGGAUGGUCUCAAACACCGUAAAUACUGUUGUUUUUUAUGUUUGGGCAGGAGGGGCAAGUUCAAGAGUAUGGAUGCAGUGCAUCUUUAUUGUGUAAAGACAUGUAUAUUUAUUGGAAGGCAAAUUCAGGUUUGGAUAUUUAUGAAAUGAGGCCAGCUUUUACACUGAGUAAUUGUGCCAAAAGGGUUUUAACGUGACACACUAUUGAUUGACUGUUGAAUAAAUAUCAACCCUUUUUUGGGUUGU